UAAUUGUGGAAUUUGAAAAAGUUUGUCACCUAAGUACUGUCACCACAAAACGAGACUCUUUGUGAGUUAUGGUCAAACAUUUUACAAUAAUCAUAUUAGUAAUUUUUUUUAAACAUUUGUAAUUUCAAGUGACACUCCUUUAAGUUGGCUGUGGAAAUCUGAAUUGUAUUUUCCUUUUUUUUUCUUUUGGACAUUACAUGAAAAAUUCACAAAGCUGUAGAAUUAAGUUUAAAAAAUUUGGAAUUUAAAAAAAAAAAAGCUUUUUAUCAAGAGGUAUGUAUUAUUUUGUUCUUACUGAUAGUGAUUUUGUUACUUUACCAAUUUAUAUUUUCUGUAUGACUCAGUUUGGCUAGAUUUCCGACAUCUUAAUAUACAAUUUUAGUAGUUAAAAUUAACCGUUUUUGGUUUACUAAUCAAAAUAUCAAACAUUGUGCACCUAUUUCUAAGCUUGAAAAGAAGAAAAUUAAAGAUUUAGUUGUCAUAAUUGAACUGAAUAGAAAUAAAAUGUUAUAACACAUAACUCAUUUAAAAUUGUUUUUUAAAGUUAUCGUGAUUUUUUUAUUUUUUAUUUGGUCGUUAAAAAUGAUAUUUCUUUCUAGUUACACGGCUCAUUUCUUAACGGUAAAAAUCUGUCAUCUUCGCUUGUUUACUAGAGUUUAUAAUGUAUUCAACUAAUCUAAAGAAAAUCGAAAAAAAAUAUUAAUUUCCUAAAAAAAUAUGUGUAUAUAAACUAAUUACAUAUUUCAAACGAUAGAUCUGAAAGUUCGAGUUCUCAAACGGUAUUUAUUAUCAAUCUAUUAGUUGGAUACUAGAGGCCUUAAAGUAAUAUUUUCUUGGAAGGAAUUAAUGUGUUAAAGGAACAUCUUAUUCUUAAAAGCAACGAUAGAGAUUUGUGUAGUUACUUAAUGAAGAUCGAAUCAAAUUAAAUCUCAUAAAAAUAUAUCUGCUUGUAUAAAAGUAUAUUUAAUCUUUAACAAUUAGAAUGUAGGAUUAUACUUAAGAAAUAAAUAUAAAUUGAAUUUAUUUCAAGGGCGUUGAGAAACUGUGGGUACAUUUGCAUACCCAUUCUUUAAAAUGUUGGAAAGCGAAAACAGACGAUUCAAUUUUCAUCGUAAAAUAAAGACAUAUAUUUGUUUCCUAUUUUUCUAUAUAUAUAGUUCAAGAGCGUGGAUAAAUGGUGGGCAUCUAUUUAUGAGGCUAAAACUAUGUUUAUGCUAAAAACUAAAAUACAUGACCCGGUGUUAAAGGUAAAGUAAUUGUCACAAGUACCCUGGUGCUCAGUGACACUUGGUCUAAUUUGUACAGUACCCCGGUCACUACCUUGUUUUAUAUGCCCAAGGAAACAUAAUAGCAAUCCAAUGUAGAAGAUAAAUUAUCGAUCUAACUAAAUAAAGUAAUGAAAGCUAUUUUAUUAUCUAAAUACACCAUGUAACAUGCAGGAAAUGUGAUUGAGGUCUAUCCUAGAGUAUAUACUACGAGAUAUGGAUGGCUGUCAUAUAAAUAUAAUUUUUCAAAGAACAUAUGCAGAGUACAAGUAAGACACAAUCGAGGAAAUUCUUGCUUACGAUUCAAUCAAGAAACUAAACCUUUCAAUAGUGGAGUCUUGAAUGACUGUCCCACCUCUACUAUGUUUGGGUCCUUCCUAUGAUCAAGGAUUGCCAUCAACCUGUUAUUGCAAGACUUGCACUAUUGCAAUGAUUUCUCUUACUAGCUUACUAGUAUCAACAAUGAUGAUAAAACGUAACUAUUCCCGAAAUAUAAAAUAAAAUCACCUAAAAUAUGUUAUCUAUGCUAAGCCCUGCCUAACUACUUACCGGGUCCAGAAUUCUAAAUGCAUACACACCAUAACUAUCUGACACACGAGCCAGCAUACAGCUUCUUCAUUCCGACACCGUGCAUACACUUACCUCUCUAUGUGGAUACUGUGGCGAAACUGGCACAAGGUAGGUCAAGGUCUAAAUCUACACACACUCACACAAAAAAAAUCUCAUGUGCGGAGUGUUGUAGUUAAGUUGCUAAAUUAAAUGUAGCUAUAUAUAUAUAGUACUCUGCCUGCAUCGGUCUGAACAUCCAUAGAGGAAAAAGCAAAGUACUUAAAAUAAAUACAUCAAGCAACACACCCAUAGCACUGGAAGGAACUAAUCUUGAGGAGGUGGAUAGCUUUACAUACCUCGGCAGCAUCAUGGACAUACAAGGAGGGACAGACGCCGACAUAAGAGUGGGAGUUGAUAAGGAAAGAGCGGCAUUUAACCAGCUAAAAAAAAGUGUGGAGCUGUAGCAAUUUGACCCUCCAGACCAAGGUCAAGGUAUUCAACACCACAGUGAAACCUGUCUUGCUAUAUGGAGCAGAAACAUGGCCAACAACAGCAGCUGGUUCAAAAAAGUGACAGACGUUUAUCAACUCAUGUCUCCGAAUGAUUCUACGAAACCGCUGGCCCAACGUCAUCACCAACGAGGAUCUCUGGCGGCGCACACGACAAGUACAAGGGGAAGAGCUAAUCUGCCAGCGCAGAUGGAGAUGGAUUGGCCACACCCUCAGAAAGCCCGCAUCAAGUAUCACGAGACAAGCCCUCACUCGGAACCCCCAGGGCAAGAGAAAAAGAGGUCAACUCAAAACGACUUGGAGAAGGAAACUGGAGGCAGACACCAAAAAGAAUGGGCACAACUGGGGACAGUUUGAGAGACUUGCCUAAAAGACCAGGAUGCCUGGAAAGCCUUUGUUUGUGGCGUAUGCCCCAGACGGAACGAAAGGCGAUGAUGAUGAUGAUAUAUACCCUUUCGUUCCUCCCAAACUUCUAACCACGACACCUUGCAGUCGCUAAUGUCAACCUUGAUAGUAAUUAAGUUAUUUGGCCCCGCUACGCUAAACCACCGCCUCAAGGCAUGUUGAUGUAAGUCAUAGACAACUAUAUGCACACACACAUUUCCCCCUAUGCGAUAACAGCCGCAGGGGACAGGCAUACCUUUCCUUCUUACUUUCCUGCGAUUGGUGUACCUUUGGUUAGUACUUUGAUCAUAGCGUAACAGGCACCCUGUGACAGUAAUUUAAGGUAUAUUGCCCUAAUUUCCUUAUAUUCUUACGAAAACUUAAAAUAUUAAAAUAUUUUUUUUACGUCCGCAACAGAAUCCAGUUAUAGUGUAUUGUAUCAUCAAAAGAAAAACGCAAAAUUUCAAGGCAUUUGUGAUGUUUAUUUUGCAAAAUAGGAAAUUAGAACUUCGCAUUUUGUAAAGACGAAUCUAUGUAUAGACAUUGACCUUUCUCACAUGUGUGGGUUUUUAAACAUUUUUUAUAUGUAAUAUCGUUCAACAGAACCAUUUUUUUAUCGCCCAUUAACUACACAGUAAACAUGUUACAAAAGAAAAUGUAAAAUCAAUUCCUUAUAUUUAAAAAAAAAAGAAGCUUUUUAAUUAUAUGUAAUAUUAAUGGACUUCCACAUAUUGGUAUCUUCAUUAAACAUGUAUAACCUCUGCCCCACUUUUGAAAUUUGUAAACUGAAAAUCGUUAAAACUUAACACUUAUAUUUAAAGCCGCUCCAAUAACCCAAUGUUUUGCCUUACAGUCUUGUGUUUUUUUUUAAUCUAUUCUCAGGUUCACAAACUUUUCCCUUGGCCCUAAACAGUGUUUUGUUCAAAAGGGACAAACAAGAAAGUUUACAUAGGAGCGUCCAUUCAUUACGACAACUUAUUUUAAGCAAUUGUUACCCUCCCCCCCCCCCUUUUUUGUCAACAACUGUCAAUCUUUCAAUGCCCCUUAAGUAGUUAUGUCUAUAUUUUUAUAACUCCCCCCCCCCCUCCCAAAAAAAAAAGAAAAUGAGUUACACUUACAUUUUACAAUGCAGAAUCCAUUAAAAGGUUGUUAAAGACUAACUAUUAUUGUUUGUGGAAUUAUAAAUAUGACUAUUGUCAGUAUAGCUGGCAAUUGUCUAUAGUUUCUAGCUGCUAUCAUCUUCACAGGGAGAAGUCAGAAUUUGCUCUAUCGUAAUAAUGGGCAUAGUAGCUGAUUUAUCAUUUUCAUCUUGCGGAACUGAUAUACCAGACAAGUCAACACCAUCCUCAUCUAACCAUUUAGCACUUAAAAUAGAAGCAUUUUCAGUGUGAGCACAAAUUGCCAUAAGCUCUCUCUGUCUCCUGGCAGCUACUUGCAAUAGUCGAAUCCUUUUUUUUUUGUUGAGGAGCAGGUAGUAAUUUGAACAUGCUAUUUGAACAUGACUUGUGAUGCAAAAUAGAUGUUACAGAUUUCGCAAAUCCGUUCAAGCGGCGAUGUUAUUAUUGUUACUCACUUUACUUUCCCAUAACUCUCAAAAUAUCGUAUUUCUACUCCAUCAAUAUCAAUUAUCUUUACUGCACACGACAACUUAACCUUGUCCUGUUCCAUACUUGCAGCACGACCGCAAACAUACCGCCAUACCGUCCAUUGCGACAAACAGAAUCGACAGGUGAAGGGAGGCCAAUGUUUUAAUUCUCUUGCACUAGCAAAGUGUGCUAACAUUCUGACCAGCCAUCAGCGGUGCACAGACAGACACACAUUGAAUACAUAUUUUACUGUUAAAAGCCUAAUAAUUAUAUAAAUAUUUUAAUUAAAACUAAUUAAUUUUUUUAAAAUAAUGUAAUAACCACUGAAGAUUUAAAAUUAAAAUUUUAAUAGACAAAACAUGAUAGUUGACGUCAAGUAAUCUAAAGCCCCUUCCACCAUGUCAACAAUUGUCAAACAUUUCCAAACCCCCUAUUUUAUUGAAAUUACUAAUGGAUGACACCUUAUAUUAAAAUAGAGUCUUAAAACCCAUAUUUUUUCUAGUCACUGAGUUGUACUGUCGGGAAAUAGACAAAUGUAUGUAUCUAUUUUUUAAAGAUUAGAUUUUCACGCAUGUAACGCUAUAUUGAUUUUAUAUAUUUUUAUCCUUAUCAAUACCCACCCCCUUUCUUUAAUAUUUUAAAUGUAUUUUCACCAAGAUUUUAAAAAACUUUUUUUAAUUUAAAAAAAAAAAAGAAAAUUACCCAUCCGUUACUCUAGACAUCGAACAGUGUAUAAUUUAGAAGCGUGGAUAAAUUAUGAUGUCCUCAGUUUCUUAGAAAAAACGUUUGUUUUCUUUUUCAGUUCACUAAGUUUUGAGGUAAGGUUAAACGUAUUUUAAUGUGUCCAGAAUGUUUCAAAGACGUUGACUUCAUUUCCCGAACUUAAUCUAACAUUUAUUAAUGGAAAGAAAAUAUAAAAACUCAUUUUCCCGACUGAAGUAUCAUAGAAUUUAAAUCUAUAUAUAUCCACAAAACAAAGCACAUACUCUGUUUAAAUUAAUGACAUAUAUAUUUUUUGUAACUAUUCUUUAACUUUAAAUUCUAUUUUUUUCCGUAAUAAAUUUAAUAAAUUGCAUAUAUUGUGUAGUAAAAAAGUACCACUGAUUAAAUGAUAAAAAUACAAAGUUUAAAGUGUGAAUAGUGUUAAAACAAAUGUCUUUCUUAUGAUUAAUCUACCUAUAAAGGAUGCAGAAUUGUCACACUGAACAAUAUAAAGUGUGUUUUUUUCUUCUAUUUUUGAUCUCUAUUUGAUAAAUUGCUAUAUCAUCACAAAACUAAGGUAGAUUAAUCCGUGUAAUUUUCGACAGGGAUUGAUCAGAAAAAAAAAAAAAAAAAUUAUGAAACAUGCUUCUGACUCAGAACUUAUUUCGCUCCCGCCAAUAUUCAGGCAAAAUAAAAAAUAUAUUUUAUAAUUUGUAUUCAUUUAUAAACCUUCUUUCAAAAAAAUAUUUGUAUCGAUUCCAACAUUGUGCACAUUAUUUAUUUUUUGAUAGCACGAUUAUAGUUUAGUUCUAGUAACUUUUUUUAAUAGAGAUGGGAGCAUAGAAAAUGCUCAGUUCUUGUUUUCCUUGUCAGAUUAUCACAACAAUUUUAAAAAAAAAUUUUUUUUACUUUAAAUCAGAAAUCACAAUAUAGGGAUGAGAAAAUGGAAAUAAAGAUACUUUCAAAAAAUAAAACAAAAUAAAGAAAAGAAAUAAGCCUCUGAAAUGAAAUGAUUACUUGUGAUCAAAUGCGUCCUUUGAUACCAUCGGUGUCUUUUUAUGCCCAAUGCAAUGCAACCUUUGACACAUUCAAACGAUGCAUCUAUAAUGUGAAAUAUUUUUAACAAUAUCAAAUAAUAUUUUCCAUUUGACUAAUAUUUCUUCGAACGUGAACUUUUAUUCUUUAAUUUCUUUGCAGGCCCAAUAAGUGAAACCGAUUCCAAAAGUAUUUGGGAAAGCAUUUAGACGUUAAAUGUUCUGGUGUAAUAAAUGGAAUCAAUUUGAACUGUCUGGUAUCAUGUUCAAGUCACGAUGAAAAAUGCAGUUUUUAGGAGGUAUUUAAGAUAGUAAUUAUAUUAAUUGUUUAUUUAAUGUAGAUUACUUGGUGGAAGGAGAACAAACUAUAUAACAAACUCAACCAGAAUGUAAGACAUGAUAAUGAUGUUAAUUUUAUCAUAUAUUAAUUAGGUCAUAUCACACGGGAUGGUGCUUCCUCAACAUUAUUUACACCCCCUCCCCCUCCAAUUACUCCCAUUCAUAAUUUUUUUGUCUUUUAAAUCCCAUCUUCAUUUUAGUCCAAAUUUUCUCCUUUUGCGAAGUUUUCCUACCAAAAUAAAAUAUUUUUCUCCACCAUCAUUCCCACAUUAUUCUUCUCGCAACUGCAUCAUUGCGUUUUAAACGUAACCACUUGCUACUAAAACUUAUGAACGUUAUCUCCACCUUUGACAAAUAACUUCGCUUCCAUCCAUCUCCUUCUUCUCCAAUCAUCUCUCCAUCCAACGAAACUCUUCCUUUUUCACCAUUUUGGCCACUUGCCUUUCGUCAACACUGAUAAAGAACUCAUUUCCUUUUUCCUUUUCUAAUGUUCACCCCCACCCAUAAAGUUCAGCGCAUCUUCCAUCCGACCCAGCCCUGAAAACCCCAAAUCAUCCACUUAACCCGACCAUUCUUUCCUUUCCAAUCUUCUACUAUUUACCCCCUCUCCACCAUGGCAAACUUUACCCUAAUAAAACGUAUACUUCUUCACAUGUCCUAGCACUGCUAGCACAAAAUGGGGUUAGUUAUAUGUACUUCAGUGUACUUAGAUAUAGAUAACAUAUAGUAUUUACUAUUAAAUAGGGUGUGUGGUACUCAUUAUUUUGAGUUGUUAAAAUAUAAAGAUAAAUCAAACAUGUACAAUAUAUGUAAAUUAAUUUUUAAAAAAAAUAAUAAUUUGUUAAUAAAAACUGAGUGCCAAUUGAGUAGCUUUCAUUGCAGGUUUUCUUUGAGAUUUCUGACUAGAUUGCCAACUCUAUUAAUUUGUUGUUGAUAUUAAUUCAUUGGUUGAAUGGGGUCGUUAACUGGCAAGGAGGUAUAGAUAACGUGGCAUAGUGUAAUAGUCAUAUUACGUUGUCAAGAGGGAUUACUUCGUAUACGACUAGUAUUAUGAUUUAUGACGUGCGCGUGUGGAUUAUUUAUUUUCAAAAUAUAAUUCCAAGGUUGAAUUAAAAAAAUAAAAGAACUCCAUUUCUUUCAGACGGUAUUCAUCAACCAACUAACUGGAAAAGACGUGACCGCAUUGGUAGAGGUGCUCAUGGGGUAGUUUUUGAAGCUAUUAAAGAUGACGCUCCUAUUGCUGUAAAGGAGGUUUCGAUGUAUGAAGAAGCAAAUUCCGAAAAAUCGGUAUCUAUAUUAUAUAUAAGAAUGUGACAGGCUUGACAUAUAAUGCAAAAGAAAUUUAAAAAAUUUAAAUACGUUCCGAUUCUUUUUAUUAAUAUAGUGAUUUUCAAUUAUUUUACGGAAAUCCAAUAAAUUUAAAUGCGCAAAAAUAAAAUAUCAGCUUUUAUUUUUAUUAUAUAUUUGAAGCAUUAUUAUUAUAAACUGCAAAUACGUUUAAAAUGACAAUUAAAGAACUCUAUCAAAAUUAAGAUCUAAAGAAUUACAUCCUAGUAACAUUUUUGUAUAAGGAAAACCCAAACAUCUAAUGUUUUUAAAGUGUUUUUAGUGCGUUGUUAUUAAUGCGCAAUAAAAGUAAACUUACUUUUUUUUUUAACUAGAAAAAUCAAAUAGAGUAAAAAUUAAAUCUAUUGACUUACAGUUCAGCAAUGAACUUGUACCGGUACAAUGCUGCACGAGCACGUGGUAAAAACACACGGAGAGUAAAUAUUAAUAUACAAAUCUUCGUCUCAUAUCGAAAUAGUCACUCUCUCCAUCCGCUCUAGGUCAUCCUAUAUGUCAAUGGGCGUAUUUAUAUUUUUUUUUAUAGACUUUUUACAGAAAAGGGUUGCACAUUGUAUCCCUGUCUCGGCCAGAUUCGAUAUUUAUACAGAAUUUUAAUUCGACACAGAAUAUACACUGUAUUAACUUGUAAUCAAGGUGUAGGAAUACAAUUUAUAAUUAAUCUACAACCUGUCGCGGUACCGCUAAACUUUGAGUCACCCAGAGUUCAUGCCCGAGUUUCACAAUGUAAAUACGAGCGCCUAUCAUAGCAGUGUGUUGGCAUACAUAUGUUACAAGGCAACACUUAGUAGUAUAGAAUAAGAGUGACACAGAUUUAAGAACAAUUAAACCAGGCUCUAGGAAUAAAUGAUGCCACUUCCAAUAUUCUUUAGGUGCUCAAAACAUGAUUUCUUUGAUAAGGGAAACUAAUUCCUUUAAGAAGCUACGCAACUAAUGGUAAAAGAAAAUAAGAAUUUUUAAAACACUGGCUUCAGUGCAAGCAUUGCAUUGGUCCUUUUCAAAGUUCGUGUGAAAAUUUACAAUAAUUUGUCUUGAUAUUUUUUUGGUUUGCUAAUUAGCAAGAUUAUAGAAAAACCCUUAUUAACACGAAUGCAAAAUAAUAUAUGUCUCAUUCAAAACAACUUUGACUUUUUUAUCUUCUUCAAGGUGGCUCUUUAUAAUGAAAUAAACAUUCUGAAAUGUUUACGCCAUGACCGGAUUGUCAGAUACUUUGGCCAUUGUACUUCAAAUAAGGAUUUAUUUCUUUUUAUGGAAUACAUUCCUGGGGUAAAAGAUUUAAAUUGUACUACAUUAUACACUAGAUUAAUUAACAAAAAAUAAAUGUCAUAUUAUGAUGAGUGAAUCUGCAUUUAGUGGUGUAUUAUAAUUGAGAUGCAUAAAUUCAUUUGUUCGUUCUUCUUUAACUUUAAAAUGAUGAUAGCAUUAAAACAAAUCACUCAAUAUGGCAUAGCAGCUAAGAGAGUUAAAUAUUGCUUUUAAUGAAGGGUUCAUUGGAAGUUUAUUUUAAAACGAACUCGCCGCUUCAAAUUCAAUUCAUCAGAGAUAUAACAAAGCAGACACUUCAAGGUGUGGCUUAUUUACAUGAUAACAGAAUGAUACACAGAGAUAUAAAAGGUAAAAUUUCGCUUUUUUUAAAAAAUAUUUCAAUGCUUGUUUGUAAAACUAGACUUUAGGCUUUUUGCAGUUUCUUUUUUUUUUAAAUAUAUCAAAUUUUAAAAAAAAAUGUUAUCAACUGGUACAUUUAUCAGAUGUCUUAUAGUUUUUUGGUUGUUUUUUUUUUCAUUUAGUUUCCUUUAUUAAGUAGAAAAUGCAAACAAUGUAUAGUUUAUGGUUUAAAAAUACCUUAACCAAUAGAAGCAUUGAGAAAAAAAUGGCGAUAAACACACAGGCACACACACAAUAAAAGAGAAACAGUAGCUUUGGAUUCAUGGUAGCACUAUUGACCUCCUGUAGUUUUUCUUGGAGGUAGUUAUAUUUCGGAUGUUCUCCUUGAGCUUUCGGCUGGGUUGCUCUGAGGACUAUUAGUCAACACUACCACAUCAGACGUGUGCCUUCUAUCUUUCUAAAAGCUCUUCAGUAGCGCUUUACAUUUUUUAUGGUAUAUUAUAUUUUAUUAUAUUUGCUAUAAUUUCAAUAAAUUAAAUCUUUUUUUGUCUCUCUAGCGGCAAAUAUUUUGAUGGAAGAACGAUUUCAAAUAAAACUUGCAGACUUUGGCGUUUCAAAAAUGUUUCAAGAGCUCUCAAGAACUGCAACAUUUAUCGGCACUACGAGAUGGAUGGCCCCUGAAAUGUUCACAGCUUCAACAUAUAGCUAUGAAGUUGAUAUAUGGUACACUUGUGUAAUAUGAAAAUGUAUCUCUUAGCAAUUACACUGGCAAACAAACGCUUUGGUGCAAGAUAAGUAAUGCUUGUAACAUUGAAUACUAACCCAAUGUUUCCAUCCACCUUAUUUUGCUAAGUUAAUAACGAAAACCCGGAUUUAUAAUAAAACAAUUCAAUUAUUUAAAAAAAAACUGAUUCUAGUAAAGACAUUAAGAAUAAGAUCUGCCAAGAUAAUCCCAUUUAACUAAAUUCUUUUACCAGCUCCACAUUCGUUUUUUCCUCAUAUUUCUUAUUUUCUAAGUGAAAUAGUUCACUUCUCUUUUUCUCUUUUGCGAAAGUGACAAAAAUUAUCUGGAAAACGAUUAGAGUGAUUGCAAGAAAGAUUUUCACAAGUAGAUAAAAGUUUUUAAAAAAAACAAGACGUCACAUUGGAGAAGGCGUCGAUGGGUCGUCGAGCGCGAGCUCUCAAUAUCCCCCCUUGGCUCAGCCCCAUACCGGCCGACGCUGGGUCUCCCCGCCGCCAGACCUUGCAAGAACCUCCCCACUGGCCUGGGUUGCAUUUAAAGCGUUUGCGGUCUACUCUCCUUGGGUCUGAACGGCUUUGCUUCCUCUCCGGGGAAAGGUGUUGCGUUACCGACCCGGACCAUCCAGGGAGCCGUCCAGUUGGGACGUAAGCGGGGAAAAAAAGCUAGACAUCACUUUGGAGAUGGUGUCGGUGGGUCGUCGAGUUUGCACUCAUAACACCCCCCCCCGGCACUCCCCCAAACGGGCCAGGGCCGAAGCCCCAGACCAUGCGAAAGCGCGCCGGGAACUUCCCUCCUGGCCUGAAGGACGUCCGGCGGACCGAGGGCGCUUCGUUUAAAGCGUCCGUAGUCCACUCUCCUAUGGGUCAGGACGGCUUUACUUCCUCUCCGGAGAGGUGGUGUUGCGUUACCACUCCCCACCGCCCAGGGAGCUGUCCGGUCAGGACUUAGCGGGGACGAAACGGUCGCCUAGGGGAGGCUUUCUCAGGGCCGCGUAUUUUUAAUCAUUGACAAGGAUUUGGGCGGCCACCCAUUGUCUCAUACCCAUCAACGGCAACAAGUAAUCAUGUUAGCGCUAAACUUCCGUUGCGUUGGAAGUCAUGUAUUUUGCCUGGUAUCUUUUAGCUUCAGAAGGAAAACUCCCCCUACUAUUCGGUCACGCCACGAAGAGGCAAGAUCCUAUGUAACACCACCGAGAGGCUUGUGGUGCUGGGCAUCGACCUCACAGAGCUCAGUCUUUGCCCGACCGACAAAAAACUAGACAUAUGAUUCGAUUUCACUUAUUAAAGACAUGAAAUCGCACUCAUGUUUUCAUAACAGUGAAACUUAAAAACAGUCCUGCCUUUCUUUUUCUUUAAAAAGGGCCUGAUUAAAUAUAAGCUUUGCAUUGAAAGUUUGAACUGUUUAGUACAUUAUACGUCAGCUUUGUAGAUGUCAAAGGAGCGUGUUUACUUUGAAUUAUAUGCGACACCUACGUUUCAUGUGCCGGCAUUACAGGAAACAUUGUAAAAGCUAAAAAAAACGUUUUAAACUAGAUGCUUAUUACCGUACCAUUUCGCCACAACAGUUCUAGUAAUUUACAUUGUCUUAAGUGGUUGAUUUUAUUCACUGAGUAAAAAUUUCAUUAGAUGCUAUAGAUUUUGUGUGUGUGUGCGCAAGCCUUUGAUGUUUGCUUUUAAUCCCGAACGUUUAAAAUCAUAUUUGAACAGGGCAGUUGGCUGCACAGUUAUUCAAAUGUUGACAGGAUCUCCUCCGUUUCCUGAUAAGGAAGAACAACAAGUAACAUUUCAUUUGAUCAAACAGGAUUUAUCACCGCUCUAUAGUCUGAAAAAUAUAAAUUCAAAAGAAACAAUGGAUUUUUUAAGAAGCAUAUUAAAAAAUGACCCAAAAGAAAGGCCAAAAGCAAAGACUUUGCUUGAAAAUAGUCCAUUUGUAACAGUUAGGCAUACCUGUAAGUUGCUUUUUAAAAUUAAUUUAAAGACCCAUAAUAAUAUUUCUCAUUUUUCAAUUUCUUGAAAAUUGUGUUUUCCUUGAAAAAUAUGUUCAUUAAGUAAAUUUAAAAUACUUGUGAGAAAAAAAAAAUCUAUGACACUUAAAUGUGAAUAUUUUUGUAUACAAAAUUAAUAUAAUUUUGUUUAAAUAAUGCUGCUUUAAGAGAAUUUAAUUUUAAAAAUAAAUUUCAAUUGGUCUUAAAUUUCAUAUUGUCUAGCAUGAUAUUGAUAUUAACUUUAAUUCCCAUUCUAAUAGCUAGUAGCCUAUAUUAUUUAAGUAAGAAAUGUUCCUAUCAAUAAUGAAAAGAAACAAAUUUCUAAUCUAUACAGGAGGCUAAUUUAAAACGUAUUGUUUAAUUGUUAUAUUUAAUUACAUUUUUAAAUAACGCUCGUCUUUUUUUAUAAAUAAUUUUUUUUUUUUUUAAACUAACUUCUUUUCUUUACAUUAAUGAUUCUUUAGCUCAACAGAUUAUCCAUUACCAGCAUUCAAGGUACUUUAUGAAUUUUAUAAUUAAGUUAAAUUCACUUUAUUUUUUUUUUUAAUAUAUCAAUCAUUAAGGGAAAGUAAUGCGAUAUCUAUUCAUUUGAUAACAAUUUUUACUAAAUUAUGACAAAUCAAUCAUUAAAUACUUCUAUCUUGACACAUAUUACGCUAGUGUUAUCUACAAAAUAUAUAGGCUGUAUUUGGUGCUGUCAUUAGGGAGAUGCGUUUCGCACAGUUUGAGACUCUCACAUGCAGGGUGAUAGCUAUGGUUGCAAAAACAUUACUAUAAAAAUAAUUAUUAAAAAAAACAAUCGAAAAUAAUGGUAUACAUUUUGACACGUUGGCCAAACACGCUUCUGAGAACAAACAAAAGAUAUGCUUCCAUUUUUUUUUUAUUUGAUAAAACAAUUUGAGAUAUUUUUUUUUUUUUUAAAGAUUUUUAGAAAUGUCAAACUUUUGAGGUUUUGCGACUCAAAUUUCAGUCGAUCUAUAAAUAUUCCCUGCCUAUUUCUAGUGGAAUGAUUUAGAACUUGAAGAAAAGUCAAUCGUGUCUUUUUACCCGAUAUCUGGAUUUCUUUCAAAGGACGAAUAUCCCUCUAUUUACAAUCAUGCCUUGUUCAUGACAUCACCAUUUGGAAGCUGUUUUCAAUGAGUAAGAAAAUGUGCAAUAAAACUAGAACCAAGAUAUGGUAUGAUCCCCUUGAGAACUCAAUGAGAAAUUCAACUACUUCUAUUUCUCUCAAACCAAAUAUCGAAGUUUACUUUCUCAUGUUGAAAAUACUAAAUGCAGACAAUAGACAAAUUGAAGAUUAUCAACCACUCCGGGGAGGACCAGACCCUUUAAUAAGUUCAAUAUCUUGGGAAGAAACUACAGAAGUAAUCAAUUCUAUCGAAAAACCACAAAGCCCUGGAGGAAAACUCAUCCGAUCAUAACUCAUUAAAUAUGGAGGAAGAAAACUACACACUCUGGCACAUAAACUUAUAACUGAAAUUUGGAUAUAAGAUAAAAUUUCAACAGAAUGGAAAAUAGCCCUAAUUAGUGCAACGUACAACAGGAAAAAUGCAAUAGAAUCCAAUGAGGAUUCAGACAAAUUUAUCAACGACUGAUCACAUCAACUCUGUGUGUAUUUUAAUUAAAAUGGCCUAUGGAAGCAUAAACAAAGUAUCUAUAUGAGACUAUGCAGAGUUUAUCAUAUCCAACAAACUGACAUUAUUAUGGAAUUGUGGAUUAUGGAAUGCAUGGUUUGCUUUUAAUUAGUCUAAAACACCAAAUAAUACCGUAAGUUCCUAAAAGAGAACAGUUACAGUUUAAUUGUAUAUGACCAGAUGAAAAUGAUAUGCAUGCAAAUAUGCUCCACUGGAGUAAAAAGAUUAAAUAAUGAAGAGAAGCAGGUGAAGAUGGGACAUGCUCAGUUCAUAAAUUUUAAUUCACUACCGGUAUGGAUCAACAUAACUUAAUGAAUUAUUGGUUCUUGUAGAUUACAUAUCAAAUCAAAUAGGAUAAAUUGCUCUUUUAUUAUUGUAUAUCAAAUCAAAUAGGAUAAAUGGCUCUUUUAUUAUUGUAGGUUACUCUGGAUGCAACUACUGUGCCUACUUAAUCGGAUUGCCAUAACAUUAGAAGAUACAAAAUAUGAGCAUUUUAAUACACAAACUUAAUGUGGACAACAAAGGCCGAGAGUGUAAUUCUUCCAUUUUAAUAAAUUUACGAGUGUUAGGCUAAAAGUUAUAUUUCUAUUAAUCUGAAAAAAAAUAGUUUGGAAUUAUUUUUAAAAAAAUAUGACAGCUUUUGUCUUUUUUAAUUUGGAAGAAUGAAUCUGUCAGUGGAAGACUUUGUUGAUAAUUCAUAUUUUUUAUGAAGCGAUAUAAAUAAUUAUAACUGGGGAUGCUGUUUAAUUGCCUUAGGUUACUUUGUAAUGAAAAGAAAUAAUUUGAGCUUUAUUAGAGUUUAUGCAAUGGGUAAAAAAUUCAAGACUGCGUGUUUUCCCUUUGUUAAAUAUAUGAGUCAUCUGGAAGACACAAAUGGUAAAAUUUCAGAUAUGCGUCUAUGUGUCCCACUUGUGGUGUAUUUUAGAAAAUCAAAUGUUAAGAUUGUGUAUAUCCACUUGUAUUAUAUGCUAAAAAUACUAGUAUUUCUCUCUUUAAAAAAAGUGAAUUAAUUUUUUAAUUUCUAUUUUUAAUAACAGAAGGGGAAAAAAUCACUGUUUUUUGGGGUUUUUUUUUAAAUUUUAUAUUUCUAAAUGCAUUUUUGAAAGUUGCAUUUUUAAUUAAAGUAGGUCAAAUUUGCUUGAACAUUUUUUUUUUUUUGCGUGUUGAAAAAAUGGAUUCAAUUUAUUAUUCUAAUAAAACAUUUUUUCUUGGUUUUAAAUUUUUUUUUCCUCUUCUACUUUUUUACUUUUUUUUAAAGAUUUAUUGAAAGUUGCAUUUUUAAUUAAAGUAGGUCAAAUUUGCUUGAACAUUUUUUUUUUUUUUUGCGUGUUGAAAAAAUGGAUUCAAUUGAUUAUUCUAAUAAAACAUUUUAUCUUGGGUUUAGAUUUUUUUUUCCACUUCUACUUGUUUACAUUUUUGUAAAGAUUUAGCCAACCUAAAACCCUUAUUGUGUGGCCAUAAAUCAAGACAUAGUAAACUGUGACCUAACAAUUGGUAUCAAAAAAUAAAUAAAUCAAUACUGAAUCCCAUGAUAUAUUAAAUUUUAUUAUUAUAAUGAUUUUCAUUGAAUAACCAGCCAGAUUGAAGAAGAGCCUCCUAAUGAGAGAAAAAAACAUAAAAGAAUGGCAAGAAUCAUUGAGGAAGACGAGUUAAAUUACUAUACUGUUCUCGAGGAUUGUUCAGAAAACCAAGACAAGGUAGUGAUAGUAUUUUUUUUUAAAGAAGUAGCUAUUCAUUUUAUUUAAGGACGCUAAAAUAUUUCGAUGCAUAGCUUAGACUUAAAGCAUUUUAUGUUGCCCUAAAACAAAUGCGCCAUCGUCUAACACAGUGGUUCUCAUUCUCCAAAUGCCAUGACCAUUUAAUACAGUUCCAUAAUUUGUGGCAACUCCCAACCACAAAACAAUUUUCGCGGCUACUUCAUAAAUGUUAGGUAUAUAUGUUUUUCGAAGGUCUUAGACAAACCUUGAGAAAGGGUCAUUCGACCCACAAAGGAAUCACAGGUUGAGAUCCACUGGUCUAACAAUACGAAAAUGUUUCCUAAACUUUGAAUUCUUUACCUUCUCACAUUCUGCUCUUAAAACUGUGGGAAGGUUUUGUUGAACUUAACAAUUGCCAACGCCUUUUUGGACAUGAUAAACGACAUCUUGGCUCGGGGUAACAAUGUCAAUCUCCAAUCGUUACCAUGUCCCAUUGAGGUAACGCAUAAAGAGAGAGCGGAAAUAAAUCGUGGAGCUCGGAGGCAACAAGAGACUGGCACAAAUUGAAUAGUAUCGGUACCCAAAUGACGACUGAACAAUGCCCGAAAACUGUGAUAAACUAAAUAUAUUAUUAAACAUUUGGCUCGAAACUACAAAAGCAUGAACCACAUGAAUACAAAGUUAUUAUUAUUAUUUAAAUUUACUCUGGUCUUUAGAAAAAUUCCAAUUACGCGAUUUUAGGAUUAAUACGAAUCAUAUGUUAUUUAAUAUCUGAGACAAAAAUAAAUUCUGUAAGUGUGUCUUAAUUUAGUUUUCUACAGUAUUUCUUUUCAGUCGAACAUAGCAAUUUAAAAAAAAAAUUCUACAUAUUAAGAUUUUGAAAAAAAUCCAAAAAUAUGUUUACUUAUUUACAGAAUCUCCAUAUUGCAGAAGCUCAACAACAUUUAGUUGACGUGCCAUGGUUUCAUGGCGUGGUGCCAAGAAAGGAAAUAAUCAGGCUUUUAACUAAUGACGGAGACUUCCUUGUGCGACAAUCAAAGAGCUUUGACACCAAAGAAACACAAUUUGUUCUCAGUGUUUAUUGGGGAAGUCUGCGUCAUUUCAUCAUUGCGUUUUAUCUGGUCAGUGUUUUCUCCUUUUUUGUUAUGUCAUUGUUAAGCACUGACUUGUAUUGGGAGAAAUUAAUGUCCUACUUUAAUUUUAAUUGGCUCGUUGUUAACAGUGCCUAACAAAGGACGAUACCAUUGAGUCCACAACGUUAAAGAUACGACACCCAAAACAGUUUCUAGUUACAAUUAAUUAAGAUUUAUUAAGUCUUAAGAUAAUUACAAAAGAAAAGAAAAUAUAAUGACAAUCUUCAACUUACAGUAUGGUAGAUCUCGUACCGGUACACAGUUAAUACGGUUAGAAUAAUGUGCCAAUGAGUAAGGCGAAAUAAACACAUAUAAGCUCACAAAUACACAAAGAAUAAAACACGUCUCGUGAAGUUAUAAAUCUAUCUGAAUCCCUGUCCCUCCGUCCGUGCCUGUCAAUCCCUUAUAUAGGUCGCGUAAUCCCUGCCUUUCAGAAAACUUAUGACGCUUCUAGAACAAUCUCAUUCAUUCUACAAAAUACUACUUGGAACAGAUUAAUUAUUUUUAGUAGCUGGCGGCAUAAACACCAAUAGAUCAAAGGACUAAGCCACACCCCUCUGUGAACACAGCGUCUCAUGCGGGGUCAAUCAUAGGUUACGCACGAGAAAAAUUAUGUAAACAAGCUCUAUAUAACAGUCAUACAAAAUAUUAUGAUAGGUUGAAUUUUGUUGUAAACACCCAUUUUAUAACUUUCAGGAAAAAGGAAAACUACGUUCCGAGAAUGGAGCUUAGACAACAUUCAAUUCUUUUAAUUUUUAUAAAGUUACCAAGACAUCCUCGAUCAUCAAAACAUGGCCAUUUUAAAGAGCUUGAAAGCACCUUAGAGAAAUUUCUUACCAUAACUGUACCACAAUUUAGAAGGGAUCGGUCUCUCGGUCUCAUUAUAAUUUGUGUUUAAUGAAUGAAAACAUUAUUUAACGUCUAACACGGCAAUAUUAAUGUGUUAACAGAAUAUGAUAUAUAAAUUAUAGGUUAAUUUCCAACCAGCUUUAUGAUUAACUUGCUAAAAAAAACAAUCAUAAGGAUUUAAUGAUGGCAUCUUCUUAUUCUUUUUAUGCGUUUUUACUCCAGCUGGGGCAUAGGCCGUCCACAAGAAUUUUCCACUCAUCACGGUCCUGUGCUUUCCAGUUGCUUCCAGGUGUAUACCUUAUUUUGCGUGUCUGCCUCUAACUCGCGUCUCCAUGUAUUCUUAUGCCUUCCUCGCCUUCUUUUUCCCUGUGGAUUCCACGUUAGGGAUUAUCUGGUGAUUAAUGGCAUGAUCAUAUAAAAGUGUUUCGAGUUUAUUUAUAACGAAGCGCGUUCGUUAUCUAGUUUGGUGUUCAAAGUGUUAUUGUUUGUUUUUUUCCCUCGGAAUAUUAUUUUAUAACUAGCUAUACAUGAUACAUUUUUAAAUUUAAGUUUAUAUGUCUUUCUUUUAGUUUGCACCAGCUACAAAGUAUUGAAAAAAUAAAAUGGAACACCCCCCUCUCCCACACACACACAAUUUAAAAAAAAAAAAAAAUUAAAUAUAUGCACUUAUGCGUAAUAGUGAAAUGAACAAAAAGACAUUUAUAUCAUAUUAUUUAAAAAUCACUAAUGGUCGAGGAAUGUACUUAUUAGAAAAAAACAGACAUUUAUGUGAUUAUCAUUCAUCAAACUUAAGAUUAAAAUAGUAAUAAACAGAUAAAAUAAAAACUAUACACUAUAUUUCGGAAUGUCAUUAAUAUGAGAGGGAAGCCAAAUGCGUUUCGUCUAAAUCGCGUUUCAUUAACAACAACAACAAAAAAUACACGCUGACUUUUCGAAUCAAUUAUAUCAACACUGCGCUUCUGUUUAUAGCUGACUGGGUGGAGGACUGGCAAAAUCUUCGGAUGACCCACUUUCCGCCUACCUGUCGAACUACAACUUGGCACAUCUAUUCGCUACCGAUGACAAAACAUUCUUUAGCCCACUUCCAGCCAGAACCCCCCCCCCCCACCAAAAAAAAAAAAUUACCCCUUUUUCAUAGGGGAGAUGACGGAAAUAUGAAGACACUGAUUUAACGAAAUAGAAUUCCGGAAUAAUUGCGCUAAUGAGAUUUUGUUGUUUUUUUUGUUGUUUUUUUUUUUAAUUUCGUAAGUGCGUUUGGUGCAUAAUAUUUUCUUUUCUUUUUUUUUUUUCUUUCUGAAAUAGUUGGUGAAAUGAAUAUGCGGUGUAAGAGUGGGUGAGCCAUUAGAACAUUAAAAUAAUUUCAGGGCGGUAAAAUAAUGUGCCUGAUGGGAUGGGGGCGGAGCACAAAUCGGGUUUUUUAUUAAGCUGGUUACUUGUAGGAAUGUUUUGUCACAUUUUUAGACCAAACCCCCCACCACUGUUGUCGAUCUUACAUUUAAUACAGAUUUUAUGCGGAAGAUUUGUUUUUAGGGUGUAUUAAAUUUAGUUUAAUUAAAUCCUAUAUUUUAACUCUGCUUUUGUUUGUCGCUGGCUGGCUGUCAAAAUUUUCGGUCGGCCCAUUCCUCAGCUCUCGUCAACAAAUUCAGCUGAGACUUAUCACAAUGACUCUCUACAGCACAAAUGACAACACAUUUUUUUUAUAAAAUUGUCAGCAUCAACACCCAACCACAAAAAAAAAAAAUAAAGUUUUCCUGUUUUUAAUGGGGAAUAUUAUCGAAAUAUAAUGACACUGAUUUCAUCAAAUGCCAUUCCCGAUAACCGCGGUACAUGAAAUUCUUAAAAAAAAUAUCGCAAUUGCUUUCGGUACGUAAUAAUUUAUAUUGGUUUUUUUCUUAAAUGGUUGGUGUAUUAAAUCUGCAGCGUAAGAGCGGGUUGGUAAUUAGAAUAUUAAUGUAGUUCAGGGGCGUGAAAUUUUUUUUUGUUUCGAGCGUUUGAGAGAGGGGGGUAUUAACUUUUUGAGCAAAGGGUUUCGACAUGUCAUCCCCCCCCCCAUAUUUUGAGAACCCGCGAUCAAUUUAUUGAUCCUCAAAAAAAAGGUUAAAUGUAGAUUUCAGAUAAAUAAUUUGAAUUAAAAAUGUUUAAAAUUUCAAUUUAAUCUCUUACAGCAUUUGAAUGGUUGGGGCCUAGAGGGCAAACAUUAUCCCACAAUUCAAGAAUUAGUAACUGACAUGGUUGAAUCCUCUGCCUUUGUUACUUUAAAGUCAAGAGCUAUUUUGAGAAGACCAAUUCAUAGAGAGUGGGAACUGCUCCAUGAUGAAGUUGUAAUAUUUUAUGAAAUCUUACGGGUAGGUCUUUAGUAUUUUUUAAAUGUUAUUUCUCUAAUUAUGCUUACGAAGUUUUAAAGGCAUACAUUUGUCUUUUCCUAAAGUUGAAUAUACUUAGUUUAUUUAACUAAAAUAAAAAUAUAAAAAUGCUCUAUUUUUAGCGGCCUUUUUUUUUUUCCACAAUUUUGUUAUACUACUUAACACCUGUCCGUUUUCAUUAUUUUAUUAUGAACUUAUAUACGAUUUUCUGAAGGGUUCUUUUGGUGAGGUAUUCAAAGGAAUGUACAAGAAAACAUGUCAUGUGACAGUGAAAACAUGUACAGACAGAAAUACAGAAGAUGAAAUUAUCGAGUUCCUACGACAGGGUCGUCUUCUCAAACAAUUCAAUCAUCCAAACAUCGUCAGCUUCAUUGGCAUCGCUGCACAGAAGCACCCCAUCAUGAUUGUCACGGAGUUCAUGCCAAGUUGGUUAACAUUACAACAAUAAAAUUUGUGUUUAAUUGGUUUUUUUUUAUAAGGCUUAUGUUCAGCUAUGUUUGACUAUUUAUAAUAUCGUAUGCAUAUAUAUAUUUGCCUCGUGUUUUCGCCCUGCUUCCUCUUUAUAAACGGCCCGCCCAUAACACCACAUGCUAUAUAUUUUCAUUACCGAGUGUUCAAAGUACGGGACGCAACUAGCUUUCAUGCGUGACGUCUCAACUCCAGUAAAAGGGUUGAUUUUUUGUUUUCUGUAUAGGGAGGCGACUACUAAAUUAAUCAAUACGGAGCUAAGGGUCUGGUGUAGGACUUUCUUUAGGAAUGUGUUUAGGGCCCUUUUUAAAAAAUAGACAAGUAGUGUGUAGGACUGUCAGAGUACCUAUUACUUUAAGGCUGGCAUUUAAAAAAAAAAAUUAUGACAGGUUAACAUUUUUUUUCGGUAACAAUUGGAUCCACUGGGUAUUUUCUUAAAAUAUAUUUUUUUUUUUUAAAGUUCACCCAAUUAAGCCCUAGUGUUAUAUUUCUUUUUUUCUUGUCUAAUUUUCUUUUCAAAGGGUUGGUAAGAAUUGAGAAAUUGGAUUAAUAGGAAAAAUGUAAUGCUAGCAUUACAAAUGUCCUUAUCGAAAUAAAAUAUAAGUCGACAACAAAAAAUGUUACAAUUUUUAAAUCACUAGAUGCGCUUAUCUCUUAUUUAAAAGACAGAAAUAAAUGUAUUAAAGUAAUAACUUUAUAUAGGAUGGUAAAGAUAUUAAAAACAAAUGUAGAUUCAAGCGAGAUUACUUAAAACAAUCUAUAUCACUUUUUUCAUUGCCAUCAUUGUAAUAUAUUGCAAAUGUCUAAAAUGCUAUGUUAUCGGAAAACUUUUUUGACAUAAGAGGACAUAUACUAUGACAAACAUGGCCAUCAAUAAACGCAAAAUACUUUUAAAUGUUAUAGCAAAGUGAUGUUUUUUCUCUUAAAAUGUAUAACAAGUUAUCAAAGAUAUUUUUGUGUGUGUUGUAAUCGAGAUUUACAACGUUUAGAUUCUUUUUAAAAUGUUCUUUUGAAGCAUCUUUAAAAGCAAUCAUCAACUAGAUUAAUAUUAAAAUAUAGACUAGUUUGCAUAUCCUUAAUGGGAUGAAGUUGUUUCGUUUUCAAGUAUUUAGUACGUUAUAAAUAACUAGGUAGCAUCUGUAUGCAAACUGCACAAAAAUUACUAACGUCUAAUCUUUAUUUAUAUUAAUUGCUGUAUUUAUAAUCAAUUUUGUUCUGUCAGGCGGGACAUUACUUUUAUUUCUAAAGACCAUCGGAAAACAGCUGUCGAUCAUAAAACUUGGACAAAUGUGUGCAGACGUUGCCUGUGCCAUGGAGUACCUGGAAGAAAAUAAAAUAAUACACAGGUGCGUAAUAAUUCGAAAGAAAUUGUGGACUAAAUUAUUUUUUAAAUUUGUGUUUAUUUUACUGUCUUCAGCAUAAAAUAUCCCCAAAAAAUGAAUUAAACAAACAAACUAAGGCAAUUAAAGACAAAUCAGUAUAAAAGCUGUCUUAAUACGUUAAAUCAGAUGCUGAAUUGUCUGAGACCCAAUCGUAAAUGAAGCGCUAUCAACGAGAUUGCAGUAAUUAAAAUAAUUUAGGCAUGAUUAUGUAAAAUUCUAGAAUUUUAAAAAUUUAUAUUAAUAGAAACACACCAAAUUAGACUAGGACUAGAGGAAAAUUAAGGACUAGUAGUAAGAGAGUAAGCCAAGUGGUUAUUGGGUGUGGAAAAUCUAAAUUCAUUUGUUUUUAUUCCUCUCCCUCUUCCAACUCGACCAAACUUCACCACCACUUUUAUAAUUGCGGAAAUAAAGUUCAAUGGUGAAUAUUAUUUUCUUCCAAUGAGGAAUCUCUUACCGUCAACAGCGUCCCAAUAUGUAUCUGCUUUUUUCACGCCAGAGAACAGGGAGUUAUGCGCCACUGCUCAACUAACUUACAGAUUCAAGAUGCAGUAGCUUCAGUACUGCUAAUUUUGACACAAACGGAAUAUGAUUAUUUUUAGAAGAAUACAGUAUACCAAUACUCAUCUCGAUGUGGAGCAUUUGUAGAAAGUGUUAACACAUCUCAUUGUUAAACAAUUCCUAAAGUUCGCAACCCUGUGGAAAUCCAGUUGUUUCAUCAUCUUAGAACAUAUUUCGAUUCAUCUUUAAAUAACUACAGAGCCUAAAGCUCCGAAACACUUAAUUACGAAUGAAGUAAUUAUUGAACAUUAAGCAAUUACCUACUGAAAAAUAUUAACAACGAAACAUAUAACUACCGAAGAAAUGAAUGCUGAAAACCAAGGGCAAAACAAAUACCCGUUAAAGAAAUAUCUGCUGAACGACUAGCUUUAUUAUAAACACGAUAUAUACAUUAUGGACUUGAGUACACGAUCAUAAACAUAAUUGUGAAUAUUAUCCUUGCUUUACAGAGAUUUGGCAGCGAAGAGUUGUUUGGUUGGUGCAAACAAUACAGUAAAACUUUCAGAAUUUAGAUUGUGCAGAAAAGGACUUUUGUAUACUGAUUCCAAAAUCAAUAGCAUGGAAGUCUCAAUUAACUGGGCAGCGCCCGAGUCUUUAAAGUUUGGUAUGUUUCCUUUUUUUUUUGAAAAAAAACUUAGUAGAGCGAACAUUGGUGCGUCAUUACCUGCACUUUUUUUUUUCUCAUUAUGUUUAUGUUAAGCCAUGAGUGUAGGCUCUGAACAUUUAACAGAUAAAGAUUGCAAUUAUUUUCAAACAUAAUUAUAGAUUUUUUUCAAAAGAAUGUUUGAAAAGGCGAUAACAUUCUUGAAAGAUACUGUAUCUAUGUUGAUGUGAUUAUGCUCAUCAUUUUGAUACACCUCUUAUUUCAUUCCCAAAAAGUCUGUAAAGAUUCGAAUAAUCUAAAGACACAAAAUUGUAGCUCAUUCCAUGGAAAUUUCUAUAAAGUUGAAAAUCUUUUUUGAAUUGUUUGCAAACUUACAUAAAAACCGCUUAUGUGAAUAAAUAAUGAGAUUAUAUAUAAACUUUAAGAUUGUUAUUAGAUAAUCCAUCUUAAAUAUCUAGAGAAAUACCAGUUUAUAUAAAACUUACAGUUAAAUGAAUAUUUCAAAAAAUCUUCAGAGACACUUAAAGCUAUAUCAUAAACUCUAUCAACUUAUCAACGUUUUCUUGAUGCUUAACUCUUGUAAUUAAAACAAAAAAAUGUAUAUCUCCCAUAUAGUUGUCGAUUGCAAAGAGCAAAAAGAUAACUCAAACAAAACAAAAUGCCCGAGCAUCAGUAGUUUCAUUUGGAUUUACGUAUGGACCACACACUUUCAAGGGCUGAUUUAGUUUACACUUCAAAAUUCUUUAACAACAAACUUUUAUAUCAACAAAAUAAUUCUUAACUUUUAAUGUGGUUUAGUUGUUGUUUCUUUAAGUGUUAACACUUCUUUUAGUCAUCAAUGCCUUAUUCUGUUAAAUAUGUAAAAAAUAAGAUGCAUCCUAAGCAUUGAUGUUUUCUAUGAUCAAAUACGUUUAAAUGAACUAAAGUAGCAGCUCAAACAUAAAGCAUAGGAUCUAAAAACCUGUCCACAAAGUUGCAGUUUUACACAAUGUUCGGGCAACUUGAACUUUAAAGAACGUUUAAAAAUCCUUGGACAAAAAUCGAUUCACAUCUUUCUCUAAAAAAAAAAUUAUAGUUAUUUUAAUUUGUUUACUCUUUAUUAAUUAAACUGUAGUUAAGUAUAAUUAAAAAUGAGACCUCAAACCACUAACUGAUUUAUUAAAAUAAAACCUCCAACAAUAGUUUUUGUAGGGACUCAUAAAUUAAGAGUCUAAGAACUCGUUUUCGUUUAUAGUUUUUAAAAAUAUAUACAAUGUGAAACGCAGUGGAGUUGCAGGCUUUAACUUAUAGGGAGCAAAGCAACAUUUCUAAAAGUUGCGGAUAAAUCCACACCCCCAUCCAAACAAUUACCCCCAAAAAAUACAUAUAAAUAAAUAAAUACAUGAAGCAUAGAUAAAACUAAACCAUAAACAGUUAUUGGAAUAAUUUUAACUUAUAAAACACAUGAUAUUUGUAGCUAAUGUAUCUCUUAAACCCAGAGACAACCUAUAUCUUUUCGUCAGCCUACCAAAGUUCUACACCAUCGUUAUACGUUCGUGCCAUGGUCACGCGAUAAGACUCAAUGUGGACAUGUCUUAAAUUUGAGUAAAUUUGCUUAGAGUCAGAUCCUUGAAUCUGAAUAUUUGUCUUAAUGCAUAUUAUAUGAUGAACCCCUUGUCAAUUUAAUAUCGACGGCCAAUAACAUUCUUGUAGAAAACAACAUGUUCACUACCAAAUCCUUUUUGAUAAAAUAAUCUGAAUCACAAAAAUUUCUUUGUGCAAUCCACAACAAACAAACAAAAAAAAAUAAUAAUAAUAAGCUGAGACGUUUCAAAACAAAGUAGCGUCAUUUUAAAGAUUUGGCGAAAAGUAAUAGUUCUUAUUGCAUAUACAUAAAUAAAACUAUUUUAUCCUUGAAAGGGUCCCACUGUUCGCUUUAAUGUCUCUUAAUUUAAAUACGUAGAAUCAUUUCACUUAUGUUGAUGUAAUGAAAUUAUGGUAAUGAAAAGAAGGACAAGUUAUAUUUAUUUUAUAAUUUAAGAGAAAACACAUCACGACAAAUAUGUAAACGAAUUGAAUUUCUUUAUUUUCAGGCAAAUACACAAGCCUCAGUGAUGUGUGGAGCUUUGGUGCCCUUGUGUGGGAGGUAUUCUCAAUUGGCGAGACACCUUACAGUUCUGAAACAAAGGAGGGCAUAAUAGCCAGUAUAGAAAAAGGUAUGAUAAAGAAUUAGUAUACACCAAUAAGAGUUAAACUUUAAUUUUAAGAAGUCCGUUUAUGCUUUCACACCCACUGAAAAUAAUACUUUUUAUAACGCUUACUUGUUCCUGGCGUUUAAAUGAAUACAUAUAAUUCCCUUGUUUUAUGGAGUUUACCAGAAAAACAAUUCAAGUGUUUAUAAAAUCGAAGGAUUUCCUUUUUUCCAGGAUUUUGAAGACCCAUUAAACAAACAUUUGUGUAAAACAACGUGUUACGCACUGCCUUUUAUAGUGAGAACUUAAUUUCUUAUUUUAAUUGUAUGGCUCGUUCAAACAGUGCAUAACAAAGGACGAUACCAUAGAGAGGUACAAAAAAUAGCAAAAAUACGACACUCAAAACUGUACUAAGUACAAUUAAUAAGAUUUAUUUAAGCAUUAAUAUAAUUAGAAAAAAAAUGAAAUAUGAUUAAAAAUCAUGAACUUACAGAGUAGGAUAUGUCUUGUACCGGUACACAGUUAUUACAAUGUGCCAAUUAAUAUUGUACAAUGAUGAAUGCAAAUAAACACAUAUGAGUACACACAGAAUAAUACUUUUGUCUCGUGAAGGGAAAAAAUGGAUUUUAUGGGCUUUUUUAUUAUUAAUGUUAAAAUAUUUUUGGGCACAGACGGUUGUGCAUAUAAGCCUCCGAGCAUAUUUUAAUAUUUUAUACUUUUCAGUUUGUUAAUUGUAUUCUGUACAUAAUUGCAAAAAAAAUAAUUUUGUUUUGAAAGUACCCACGGUUGCAAUUUGCCAGGUUUAGUAAAUUAUCCCUUUCAAUUGUCAUACUACUCAAAGUAGAGUUAACAACUAUUCUUUUUCCCUCCCUUUUUUUCUUGUCAUCCGUUUAUCUAAAAUCCAAAGUCCACGGCGAAACAUGCCCCCCCCCCACACACACACGCCUCUCAAUCCACCCGAUCAUCUUACAGUUAAGACCGAUUGUUUUUGUAAGCGAAGGAGUAGAGGUUUUUUUUUUUUUUUUUAAUCAGAUUUUCUUAUUUCCCAUCAAUCACCGCACACAUGCCCCCCCCCCUCUCUCUCCUUGACCAAGAAUACCGGAGCUGUUACUGUGUAGCUAACUCAGAGUGGACCCUACAGAUCAGCAUGAAGAUGACAGGAUACACCGGGCAAAAGUGUCACGUGUGAUAACACAAAAUAUGCAGCAAAGUUACAAAGCCCCACGUCUAUUGAGUAGAAAGAGAGUCUUUAAAGUUUAGCUAAUAUACUAAUAGAUAACAACGCGCCCCGAGUAGCGUUUCCAAAAUUCAACAAGAACUUUUCUGUUUUAUCUUUAGGCCAUCGGCUGCACUCACCCCCGGGUACACCAGAACAGAUCUACAGCGUUGUGUUAAGCUGCUGGGGUUAUGAUGAAGAAAGAAGGCCGCAUUUCAAAAUAAUUCACAGAAUGCUCCAAGAUUUUAUAUCACAGACAUGAGGGUAUUAAAGAACCAUGUUCAGUGGAUCCUUUGUAAAAGAUGUAUUUAUCUCUCAUGGUUACCGACGGUAUUGUCUAGCCCUCCGAUUUUGCACGGUUCUUUCGUUCCCUUUAAGAGAAUCCCUAAUCAGCUCGUAAACUAACCGAUCAUCUGUCAUCCACACGUCCUAGGAAAUUGAUACUUAUUUUUACAAAAAACUAUUUAUUACCCCCCCCCCCCAAAAACAAUAAGAUUUGAUGUGAAGAAAAUAAAAUCGAAUAGUUUGAUCAUUUGGUGACCUUAAACAGUGCAGUCGACAUGUUAGAAGAUCCAAGAAUCCUUAAGCCUACAAGAAACGGGUACGGACACGGAUAUGAAUGUUUAUACAAUAAUAUAAUAGCACAUGGGUAGAAAAGGAAAAUAUUUUAUGUACACACAAAAAAACAGACCCUCUGCAUUUGAUUAUAUUUUAAAUUGAACCGACGUGGCAGUUGAAGUUAUUUGAACUAUUUCACUUCUUAACAUGACACUUUAUCAUUUUUUACAGAUUAACAUGAUUUUAACAUUUUUAUUUUAGUUUUUUGUUUUGUUUUUUUUUACCUGGGAGCAUUUUAAUUCAGGUGUAAUUAAGACCACAUUGUGGAAAUAAACAAAAUACUUCUAGUUGUAAUCAAUAACAAUGCACCUCAUGAAAGACUAAUUUUUUAUUUAUUUUUAUAAUCCUUAGAAAGUUAUUAAUUGAUAAAAUCAAUUGCUCCAAUACAGUAAUUUAUAAUGAGAUAAGAUAGUUAUCUAUACAUUGUUAUCGAAUGUUUCAAUACAAAUAACUAUCCUUGCCCAUUCUAUCGGAGCCCUCUUUUUGAAGUCACCUUAUAUUUUUAAUGUGAGUAAAUUAUAAUUUUAUAACAAUGAUUUG